AUGGAGGGGUCUAGUGACAAGCUUUUCUGCUGCAGGUGGGUGUGCCAUAGGGUUCCCCUGGCCCACAGAGAGGAACUGUACCACAUCCUGAGGAUGACAGGGCCUCUGCUGCUCUCUCGAAUCCUGAAUUACUUGCUUCCAUUUGUGGUUACAAUGUUCUGUGGGCGUCUGGGAAAUGAAGAGAUGGCUGGCUAUGGAUUAGCUUCUGCUACCAUUAAUGUUACCACUGCAGCAACAGGAUAUGGUCUCGGACUGGCAUGUGACACUUUAGUAUCUCAGACAUUUGGUGGUAAGAACCUGCUGAGGGUGGGAGUGAUCCUUCAGCGGAGCAUCAUCAUCCUGUUGAUGUUCUGUCUGCCCUGCUGGGGCCUCCUCAUUAAUGCUCAGGCCAUCCUGUUAUGCCUGGGUCAAGACCCUGAGGUGACCAGAAUAGCCCAGCUGUAUAUUACAGGCUUCCUUCCUGCAGUACCGGCAAUGUUUCUACAUCAUCUUCAGGUGUCUUACCUACAGAACCAGGGUAUAAUACUUCCACAAAUGUACUCUGCUGCCAUGGCAAACAUAGCAAAUGUGGUGACAAAUUACAUCUUUAUUUACUGGCUGGAUCUGGGUGUUAGUGGAUCUGCAGCAGCCAAUACCCUGUCUCAGAUUUACAUCUGUGCUUUUCUGUUUGCUUACAUUUGGUGGAAGAAGCUCCAUGUAACAACAUGGGGAGGCUGGUCUGUAGAAUCACUUCAGGAAUGGGGCUCCUUCAUGAAACUGGCCAUUCCCAGCACAUUAAUGAAGUGCUUUGAGUGGUGGGUUUAUGAGUUUGGUGGUUUCUUUGCAGGAAUGCUGAGUGAAAAUGAGCUAGCAGCCCAACAUGCUGUGAUAAUGGUGGCUUUCAUAACCUACAUGUUUCCUCUUGGUAUUCAAGCUGCAGCAUGUGCCCGAGUGGGUAAUGCCCUUGGUGCAGGAGACACUGCCAGGGCGAUCCUCACCAGCAAGAUAUCCCUCACUCUUGCAGGUAGCAUUGCGAUUAUUGAAGGUCUUGUGCUUGGCUUAACUAAAACAGUGAUUGGCUUCAUCUUCACCUCUGAUGAGAACAUCAUAGGUCUGGUCUCACACUUGAUGAAUGCUUACUGUUUCCUUCAGUUCUUUGAUGGUCUUGUGUGUGUAUGCACCGGCAUCUUCUUGGGCACGGGCAAACAGAAGAUACCAGCUGUGGCCAAUCUCAUUGGAUACUACGGCAUAGGACUUUCACUAAGCGUUACUUUCAUGUUUGUUGCAAAACUGAGAGUUUUAGGUUUUUGGCUGGGACUGCUCGUUUGUGUCAUUUUGCAGUCUUCCUUCUACAUAAUUGUCAUCUUCAACCUCAACUGGGAGAGAAUGACAGAGGAGGCUGUGAACCGAGCACAGAAAAACACUCACGUGACAUUAUUAAGCACAGUUCCCCUUACAGAUGCUUCAUGUAAAAACACUGCUAACCAGACAGCAAUUAAUGUGAGUUCAGUGGAUGGCUGUAUGUCGGGGAGUACCGAGGACCAUGAUGGGAACAUGAAGACACAGGAUACACCUGUGGUCCAGCAGCUGAAGGAUAGUCGUCUCUCAACUACCCAGCUGAUCCUCAGGCGAGGUCUCACUAUGUUUGCAGCAGUUGCCCUUCUGGCUGUGGGAGCAAGUGUGCACUUCCUUUUGCCAGAGACCCUGCCUUCAGGGGCCAACUUUACUUUGGAGAGGAUCAAUACUACCUAUAUUCCCGAUCAAAUUCCCUCCACUGUGGUGGUCCCAAAUGCAGAGUCAGGAUAA